UAAAAUUGUGUGGUAGGGCUUUUAUUGUGAAAUUAAAUCGAAUCGGAAGUAUUGUUCCUGUUGAAGCCGAGCUAAUGCAGCUAGCAAUGGAAAGCUCUGAAGAGAGACCGUGGAGGUCACCCCGGGCCUGUGAUGACUAUUGGAGUGAAUUCAGACAUUGCAAAAGCUUGUGGAACCGUUUUCAUCACUAUUACACUUACGGUACCUCCCCAUCCUGCCACCAAUGGAAAGAGGACUACCAUAACUGCAGAGAGUGGGAGAAACACAAAAGCAUAGAGGCCAAGGAAGCCUUGCAGAGGAGUGAGAGGAACAGAGUGGCAGAGCAGAGAAAGUUCAAACCAGUGUGGGAAUUGAGGCGAGACCCUCCCAGAGACUGGCACAUGCCCCUGAACCAGGAAAAACCUCAGGACUCCUGAACUGUCGGCGGCCAAAGCAAAGUGAAAUGAAGAUUCGAGAUUCGUGUCACUUGAUAGAUUUAAGGAACUUCUUCAGAGCCACAUGUUGGAGGAGACUGUCCAUCACUCAUUGCCAUCUCAAGUUGUGUUCACUGAGCUGCUGUAUAAAACCAGAUGUGUUGAAACAGCAGGGGCGACAUCUAGUGGUCAAUGAUGAGGAUGACCGCAUCUAUUUCACCAGUGAAUUACAAUAUGAUCAUUUAUGAUGAUCAUAAAUAAUUAUUAAACAAAACUUGUGUAACCUUCAGCACUCACAGACUCGCUGUAAAUGAGUUUUAAUAUUGGGUCAAAUUAUGCAUUGGAUUUUCAAGAGCCCAUAAAAGUAUUAAAGGAUCUGUAGUGCAUUUCUCAAUAAGACUGUGUCAGAUUUUAACCUUGGUAAUAUGCUGUUUUCGAUCUGUAGAUACUCCUGUGGCUCAAUAGUUAUUAUUGAUGCAUUAAUGACAUAGUUUCAACCUAUACAGAGUUGUGCAUUAGCAGUUUUCUGCCUUUAUGUAAUUAUGGUUUUACCCUUAAAUAACACAAUGUAAAAAUUAUUCCACAAAUUGCAUCAAUAAAAAGAACAUUUUA